AUGAGCGACGCGGUGCUGCAGGAGAACGGCAUGGCGCGGCCCCCCAUGUCGGAUCGCGAGAUGCACGUGAUCGCGUCCGUCGAGGAGUGGAACAAGGGCCUCCCGGCGUCCGCCUUGUCGCAUAAAUAUGCGCUCAUUGGCCGCUCGCCGGUUUCCUUCUUCCAAGGAACCAAUCACCUCUUCUGGGCUGACCUAAGCGGCGACGAGCGCCUGACGCGUUUCGGCAACAGUCGCACGGUGACAUGGAUCGUCGGCGACUGCUCUACGUCGUCGUUCACCGCGUCGGGCAGCGACAGCGAGGGCCCCAUGUACGGACUGUCGCUCACCGACGAAUCCGUGAUCGCAGACUACCAGCUUGAGGAGGAGGAUGCAGAGAUAAGGAAGCUGAAAUACCUUAUACUCCAUCCCAUUCUCUCCCUCCCCAUCCUUUCCCCCCUUCCAACCUCCUCUGUCUCUGCGCCCAGGUGCAUGGAGGAGGGCGGGCGGUGGGCGUUCCAGGAGCACCCCAGGAAGCUGCAGGCGUGCCCCAAGUGCGUGGAGGAGGGCGGGCGGUGGGCGUUCCAGGAGCACCCCGGGAAGCUGCAGGCGUGCCCCAAGUUUGAGGAGGACGCCGUGGUGGCGGCGCUCGCCUCGUAUGCCGAUGGAGUCAACGUCAAGGGGCUUGCUCGCAGCAUGCACGCUGACCCAGCCUCCUGUGGCGUGUCGCGAUACAUGGCGCUGACUGAAACGAGCAGCGGGGAGUUACAUGUGCUGGACGUGCGCAUGCAGCAGCGCCCCACCGCCUACCACUUCAUGAACCCUGAUGAGCGCCGCGCGUACCGCCACCGCUUCCCCCACGAGACGGACCGGUUCCUGGAGGCCAGCGCUGCUCUGUGCUCGUCACAUGACAGCAGCAGCAUUGGAUGGAUGGAGCUGCAGGAGGGUGUGCACCCGAGUGCUGCCGGGCGGUACUCAGUGAGAGACGUGUCGCCUUAUGAGGAGGAGUACCCAGCCGCUGUGUCUGCAGAUGUCAAGUCGAAACUCAAGGGGUUUGCUCUCACCACUCAGGCUGAUCUACGCAGUGCUCUUUCCAUCCACGGUCCACCCCCCCUUCCAACCAAACUACAGGAGGGGUUAGUGGAGCUUGCAGAGGACUGGGCGCGCAUACUAGCAUCACAGCAUGCUGUUGCUGCUAGUCUGCUAGAUCCUGACCCACCGGUAGAUCAACGGCCAGCAUUGUGCCAGGAGCUUGCACUUCUGUCUAAGGCAGCGGCUAAGAACGAGUUUGAGGAGCUUGUGUGGGAGGUGGCGUUGAGUUACUCGCGACAAGUGGAGUAUGACUGGCGCCAUAAACCGGGAUUGGACGUAUGGCGAUUGGAGCAGGGCAAGGUGGUUCCUGUUCCCAAGGCCGAACAUGGCAAGUUCUACACCCGAGACAUCUACAUUGUGCUCAAGACCUCGGGAUUCAAAGCACGCCGUGCACUACUGGCUGGGCAAGAGGGCCUCACCAGAGGAAGCGUCUUCCUGUCUCUCACGUGUCUCACACGUCUUUCAUCCUCUGCUUAUCCUCCCUUCCCUCAUUUGUCUCUCCCUCAGACCUCGGGUUCCAAAGCGGCAGGCGGCGUGACCCACGCCGUGCACUACUGGCUGGGCAAGGGAGCCACACCAGAGGACGCGUCUCGGGCAGCGCUCAAGGCGCUGGACCUAGAUAUUGCCGUGGGCGGCAAGUCAACGCAGCACCGCGAGCAGCAGGGGCACGAGUCGCCGCUGUUCCUGUCCUACUUCCGCCCCUGUGUCAUUCCAAUUGCGGACGGGCCAACUGGGGAGCCGAGGCUGUACCAGGUCAAGGGGAGACGGUUCCUGCACGUGCGACAGGUCGCUUUUGCGCGCUCCUCCCUGAACCACUCGGACGUGUUUGUGCUGCAAGCGCCCUCCAAGCUCUUCACCCCAAAUUUCCCCGUUGAGUGUGCCUCCACCCCUCAUCCGAUACCCCUCCCUCUGCGUCCCAUCCCACAGGUGCCUUUCGCGCGCUCCUUCCUGAACCACUCAGACGUGUUUGUGCUGCAAGCGCCCUCCAAGCUCUACCAGUUCAACGGUGCCAAUGUCGCCAAGCAGGAGCGCAUUCGAGCCGCCGACGCCACUCUCCUGCUCAAGAGCCAGUCACCUAACGGCAGCAUGCCCGUCGCUGUGAUUGGUAAGCCUGUGCUGCUGUUCAAGGUGAGCUGGUGCGGUUGCAGGUUUGAGGGUUUUGGAUUGACAUAUCCUUCCUGCCCUCCUCACCCCCCCUGUUCCGCCUCCCCACCCCCCCUGUUCCGCCUCCCCAUGCCCCCUGUUCCGCCUCCCCACCCCCCCUUUUUCCGCCUCCCCACCCCCCUUUUUCCGCAUCCCGUCCCCUCGUUUUACAUCGCAGACGAUGGCAAGGUGGACGACGCCAGCUCGAGCGAGUUCUGGGACCUCUUUGGCGGCUUUGCUCCCAUCGCCAAGAAGAGUUGCACGCCCCUCCCCCUGCUUCUCUCCAUGCUCUGCCUCCCUCCUCCCUCCCCUUCCUCUUCCUCUCCUCCAGAUGACGGCAAGGCGGACGAUGCGAGCUCCAGUGAGUUCUGGGACCUCUUUGGCGGCUUUGCGCCCAUCGCCAAGAAGAGUUGCACGCCCCUUCCCCUGCUUCUCCCCGUGCUCUCCCUCCCGCCUCCCUCCCCUUCCUCUCCCUCUCUCCGGCAGAUGACGGCAAGGCGGACGAUGCGAGCUCCAGUGAAUGACGGCAAGGCGGACGAUGCGAGCUCCAGCGAGUUCUGGGACCUCUUUGGCGGCUUUGCUCCCAUCGCCAAGAAGAGUGCGAGUGAGGACGACAUAGAGGCUAAGGCAGUGCCGCCCACGCUCUACCUCGCCAAGAAGAGUGCGAGUGAGGACAAUGUGGAGGCCAAGGCCGUGCCGCCCACGCUCUACCUUGUCAGUGAGGACGAUGUGGAGGCCAAGGCUGUGCCGCCCACGCUCUACCUUCAGUUUUUCCUUCCUGGCAGUGUGAUCUACCACUUGUUCCCCCCUUUCCACCCCGUCACUGCCAGCAGUUUGCAGGAGCAAGCCAAGGCGCCUCUCAAGAAGAGUCGGCUGGAGAGCAGCAAGUGCUACCAUGUUCCUUUGUUUCCCCAACUUUCUCUCCCUUACCCCCCUCCCGCCUUUCUCUCCCUACUCCCUUCCAGCGUCACUUCCAGCGGCCUGCAGGAGCAAGCCAAGGCGCCUCUCAAGAAUAGUCGGCUGGAGAGCAGCAACGUCACCUCCAGCGGUCUGCAAGAGCAAGCCAAGGCGCCUCUCAAGAAGAAUCUGCUUGAGAGCAGCAAGUGCUACCUGCUUGACACGGGCCCGAACCUCUUUGUGUGGUUCGGGAAGCUCAGCACCGUGCCUGACAGGCGGGCGGCCUGUGUGGCUGCAGAGCUCAGCACCGUUCCUGACAGGCGGGCGGCCUGUGUGGCUGCAGAGGUGAGCAGUGUGAGGUGGGAGUGGUGUGAGGAGGAGUGGCGUGAGGAGUGGCGUGAGGAGUGGAGGAGGAGUGGUGUGAGGAGUGGUGUGAGGAGUGGAGGAGUGGCGCAUAUGUCCAGCCGCCCCCCCUCAGUGCUAGUGACACGCAUGAGUGAGCGAGGCGAGACAGCAGCCUUCAAGGCGGCCUUUGCAGAGUGGCCUCUCGCCCCUGUGAUGGGCGGUGGGGAGGGAGGCGCCAGCAAGCUCAAAGGUGAGAGGGGAGGCGGGCUCUUGAGGUGUGGCAAGCAGCUCUGUCUCGUGCCAGAGCUGCUUGCCAAAGCUGCUUGCCUUGCCCCCUGUCUCCAACUGCUUGCCAUGCGCUGGCAGUUGGAUACAAGGCAGUUUUGGGCAGGGGUGGGUGCAGAAGUGGCAGCAGCAGAGGCACUUGUGUGCAUUAGAACCCAACCACGCCUCUCCCCACCCCACCACCUUCCCCCCUCCUUUUUCCAUCUCUCCCCUCCCCCAACAGCCAUGCUGCGGCAGUCAGGCAUGGUGGACAAGGCAGUGGGGAGGGGGCCGCAGGCAGCAGCAGGGGCAGCAGAGCCGCCACCGCCUCCUCUCGCUGAUGUUGCCGGGGAGAUGAAGGUGUGGAGGGUGAACGGCAGCAACAAGACCCUAGUAGCAGCAGAGGACAUGGGGCGGUUCCACAGCGGCGACUGCUACGUUGUGCAAUACACCUUCACGCGCGACCGCAAGUUCGAAUACGUGGUGUUCCUGUGGGUGGGCCGCGACAGCACUCAGGAGGAACGCACGUCUGCUCUUGGUGUUGCUACAAGGACAGUAGACGCACUGAGAGGAAACGCCACUCUGGUGCGGGUGGUGCAGGGGAGGGAACCCGAGCAGUUCGUCUCCUUGUUCAGAACCCAUCUCUUCUUCCUCAAGGGCGGCAGCAGUGCGAGCUACAAGGCGAAGAUCGCCGCCCAGGGCGGCUCCGACGACACAUACGACCCGGCAGGCGUGGCUCUUUUCCGCGUGCGUGCCCGGGGGGCGGCAUCUACUGGCGCGGGUGGUGCAGCGCUGUUCAAAGCGGUUCAGAUGGAUCCAGUGGCCAAGUCGCUGAACUCAGAGGAUUGCUUCUUGCUGCAGACGCCGUCCAGCCCGUUUUUGUGGCUUGGCAAUGGCAGCAGUGCGGCAGACAAGGAUGCUGUGGCAGCUGCGGCCGAGAUUAUCAAGCCCGGCGCGCUGGUGAAGCAAGUGGUGGAGGGAAAGGAGACGUCCGUGUUCUGGCAGCAUCUGGGCAGCAAGGGGGAGUACCCCGCUUCUAAAGAGGCCAGGGAGGCAGCACGGGACGGCAGGCUGUUUCAAGUCACGGGCAGUGGCGACAGCUUCAAGGUGCUGGAGGUGCCGGGGUACAGUCAGGACGAUCUGAUCAGUGAAGACGUGAUGCUGCUGGACUCUCACACGGAGGUGUUUGCAUGGACGGGGGUCAACGUCCCUGACAGGGAGAAGAAGGAAGCACUCAACUAUGCGCUGCGCUACUUGGAUCGAGUGGCAGCAACGGAAGGGCGGUCAAAGGACACCACGGUGGUGCGAGUGGUGGAGGGGUACGAGCCCCCCAUGUUCACGGCGCUCUUCCCCCACUGGGACCAUGCUGCGAGCGCGACCCUAGCAGACCCCUAUGACCGCAAGCUGGCUCUGCUGCAGGGAAAAUCGCUCGAGCUCUCCGAUACGGCCAAGCGUCGGCUCGCAGCACUGACGCACCAAUCCCCAUCCGCCACGUCAUCCUCCUCCACCCCUCGCUCCUCCUCCACGCCCCACUCCCCCUCCGCCAAGCCCACCCUCUCCUCGCUCACCAUCUCCCCCGCGCUCAUCAAGGGGCUGGCGGGCAGGAGGGGGCCCUCCCCCGGCCCUUCCCCUUCAACCCAGCGAGCCGCUGCCAUGGCUGCGCUGACUGGCGCGCUCAAAGGGGAGAAACUGGAGCCUCUCAAGCUCGCCAGGGGAAAUUCUCUCUCAGGCUCGGUGCAUGAAGCGGAUAACGAGGAUGAUGAUAGCGAGGAUGGCGAGGAGGAGGGGAAGAAGGGCGGCGGUGGCAGCAGUGACAGUGCAGCUGCAGCAGGAGGAGGAGCAGGAGGAGCAGGAGGAGCAGGGAAUGGGGAAGCAGCAGUGGAGGGGGUGUGUUAUUCAUUUGACAGGCUGAUCAUUGACAGCAAGAACCCGAUUCGAGGGAUUGACACUACAAGAAGAGAGUCGUACCUGUCAGAGGCGGAUUUCCUCCGCAUAUUUGGGUACGACAAGGGCAAGUUUUAUGCCAUGCCCAAGUGGAAGCAGGACCAGAGAAAGCGCUCUCUCGGGCUCUUCUAG